AUGAGUUCAUUCAACAAUGAUAUGAAUGUACUACAUUCUUCAAUAAAAUUUUGGAUUUAUCUUGUUAUUCUUGUUCCAUCAAUAAUUUGUUCAUUGUUUGUUCUCUAUUAUCUUCUUCUCGAUAAAAAUUUACGUCGUGGUCUUAACAAUCAUACAAUUAUUGUUCUUAUUUUUAUUUGUCUUAUUUGCCAAGUGACUAUUUAUCCAUGGAUGCUUUAUUUCUAUAAAAAUGGUAAUCAUUGGCAUAGAACAUUAACUUUGUGUAGGAUUUGGGGAUUUAUUGACUGGGGAUUCUAUAUAACUCAAGCAAUAAUCUUCGCUUGGACUUCCAUUGAAAGACAUAUUCUUAUUUUUCAUGAUCUAUGGGUUGCAACAAGAAAGAAACGUUUUUUUAUUCAUUAUCUUCCUUUAAUAUUACUUAUGCUGUAUUGUCUUAUGUUUUAUAGUCUUGUCUAUUUCUUUCCAUUUUGUAAACAUGCCGUUCUAUAUAAUGCUGCACUAUGUAUUGAUAAUUGUUUAUAUGAUAAUUAUGCUUUUUACAUAUGGGAAACUAUAGUUCAUCAAAUAUUACCAAACUUAAUGAUUGUGAUAGCUAGUAUUGCUUUACUUUCGCGUAUUCUUAGACAAAAACAUCGUGUACAUCAACGAAUUCAAUGGCGAAAACAUCGAAAAAUGGCAAUUCAAUUAUUAUCAAUAUCAUUUCUUUAUUUGAUAUUUUCAUUUCCAAAUACAAUUAUGAUUCUCAUGUAUCUAUGUGGUUUAACAUAUAAUAUUGGUCGUAAUGUUAAAAUAUAUGCAGAAUUCUUUAGUUAUUUAGUUAUACUUUUUUUUCCUUUUGUUUGUAUCUUGUCAUUACCGGAACUUCGAAAAAAAAUUAAAAGAAUUUUAUUAUUACGACCAACAGCAACAUCUGUUUAUCCUAAAACAUUCACUAUACGAUGCAACAUAAAUACACAACACAUUAGUAUAUUAGAAAAUAAAGUUCAAUAA